UCCAGUGGAUGGUUAUAGCUUGAUUGACGGGGGCUUUAUCUGCAAUGAAUACUUGGGUGCGGCACUGAUCCUUGCGGGAUUGUUGCUAAGUGAUUGGACUGAAUGCUAUUCUUUUUUCUUCAUCUUGAUGAAGUUAACUGCUAUUAUUUCACCAGUUUGAGAAAAUCCGUUUAUAAAUCAAAUGUAAAUUCUUCUUUUGACUUUCGCAAAGCAAUACGUAUCUUGAAAUAAAACAAGUUAAAUUUAUGAUCCUUAGAAAAGAGAACAAACCUUCCUUGAAACGCAAAUGAUAGAAAAAUGAUGAAAUAUUUACUGCUUAUAAAUCCAGAAAUUAUCAUGCAGCGAUUUUUAUCAUUGCAGCUACCUUGUUUAAUUUAUUUCUAAGCACUGCCACUGACAUUUUAGUGAGCAUUAUAUAACUGAAUGUUAAGUUCCUGUUAAAUCUUAAGCAGAGAGAUUGAUUUGAACUUUUAACUGAGUACAGCGAUGAGUAUUGAACAUAAAAACAUGAGUUCGUUUAUGUCACUUCUAAAUCGUCCCAGUUUUUACGACAGCGACAAUUGUAAUCUAUACGGAGAGUCAAUGAGCAAGUCUUUUCACAUUAUGAACAAUUUAUUAUCUGUAUCAGGAACUGAUAUUCAAGAAGAACAAGGAAUAAUCUUGACAGACACUUCAUCUGAGGAUGAAAUAACACUGACUGACUUAUCCACUAGCAGUUACAGUUGCAACAUAUCUGUAGAUUCCGCUGUAAUGGAAUCUUCUGUUAGAUAUAUCGAAGAUUCUGACUCUUCUAAUUCUUCCAGAACUAAUCAAAGUCUAGAAUGCAAUAAGAGGAUACGUAAGCCACCAGCUCCAAGACGUUCCAGACCAAAGAAAACGGAAGAUGGUACGAAAGAACGUUCGAAAUCAACUCCUCGCGCCGUACCGCCUCCAACGGUGCUAAAAAAGAGAAGACUAGCAGCAAAUGCUAGGGAGAGAAGGAGGAUGCAGAGUCUGAAUCUUGCAUUUGAUCGUCUCAGAGAUGUGGUUCCUUCCAUAGGAGAUGACAGAAAAUUGUCUAAAUAUGAAACUUUACAGAUGGCACAAACGUACAUCACUGCUCUUUGUGAACUUUUGCAAAGGGACUAGGAACUGCAACGAUUUUCUAACAAGAAUUCUGUGAUAAACAGCGGAAGUGCUGAGUGUAAAUUAGUUUCUGCAUGAAGUUGAAUUGCCUUAAUACUCAGCUGAAUGAAGGUGGGUAAUUCUUGCAAACUUUUCUCUCCUGGUUCUAUUGUAUCGCAUGAGAAGAGAAAUGUUAAUAUUUUUGAAGACAUUUCAAGUGAAACAAUUUUUUAAAUCAGCUCCAUAUGUAACUGAAAUAAAUGUCUGUGGAUUCUUCUGACAUUACGAAAGGUAAAGAUUUAUUAUAAAUAUCCUCCAAACAUUGAAUCAAAUUUUAAAUUGUAUACGUUUAAAAGUUUCAAAUCUUUAAUAGAAAUAGCUGAGGAAAUAUGUUUAAAAUCACUGAUUAUUUCCUUACUUAUUAUUUAAAAAUUUAACUAAAAUUUAAUUAAUAAUUAUCCUAAAUUAAAGCUAAUUCAGGAUUAGGUUUUAUAUUUUUCCCACUCAAUUUAAAUGAGAAUAUUCCAUGUGUUUUGCGAAUAUUGUGCAAGAAAACAAAUAUGUACAUAAAUGCGAAAGAAAUUGCCUUGAAUUUGGUAUUGUUGAAACUUUUCAAAAUUUUGAAAAAUGUAGCUUAAGCUGCAAGUUACUAAAGUAAGUUAAAUGCAGUAAAUUUUAUUGAUUAUUUUGUAGUAAUUUAAAUAUUAACAUUAUAACGUGUGCUAUUAAAUGUUUUAUUAUUUCAUUGCGUUCGUGUAAAUUUCCAAGAGGAAAAGUGCAAACAAAUUGAAACCAUUUAAAAAACAAAUUAUAGAUAAAAAAUUUUAAACAUUAAUCUUUUUUUCAUAAAUACUACUUCAAAUGUAUUGCACAAAUUAAAAAAUAAGUUCCAUUGAAAUUAUGUUUUAAAUUGUGUUGAAAACAUUUCAAGCAACUCUUUAAACAGAUCAAUAUUUAGAGUUGCUUAGA